AUGACCGGAUGUGUGAAUCAGAUUUGUAGCAAAGAAAUAGCUCUACAGACACUUAUAGUUCGAGCAAGAUGUGGAACUAAGGAGAAGACAGUGAGAAUAUUCUUAGACAACGGCUCCCAAAGAUCCUACAUUUUGAAAUCAACUGCUAAGGAUCUAGAACUAGAAGUAAAAGGAACAAACAAAAUUACUCAUUCACUCUUUGGAGGCACUCAGACGGAAGUAAUUACUCACAAUAUACAUCAUGUGACAUUGGACAAGAUUGGUGGAAAAGAAUAUUCAUGUAUCAUUGGAGUACGUGACGAAGAAAAGAUCUGCAACUUUAUUCCACGUGUUUCAAGUAACUCUAUUGUAGUUAAAGAGUUGAACAGGAAAAAAAUAAAGUUGUCAGAUGUGGGAGAUGGAUGUCCUCCAAUUGAAAUCUUACUUGGUGUUGACGUUUAUGGGAGACUUCUGACGGGAAACAAAAUAACACUUUCCAAUGAAGUCACAGCAAUUGAAACGAAGUUAGGUUGGACGUUAUGUGGGAGGAUGGGUGAAAGAGAUGAUAAUAAUUUAUCAAUGUGUAUCCUGUCUAUGGUUAUUCAAGAUGCAUCGGUUUCACAGCUUUGGGAUCUCGAUCUACUUGGAAUUCGAGAUGAAACUGAUGUGAUAUCUGUGGAACAGCAAGAACAAGAAGAUAAGCAAAAGUUCUUUAACUGUUUGACAAGGAAUGCAGAUGGGAGAUAUGUUGUAUCCCUUCCUUGGAUAGAUGACCACCCACCACUACCUACAAAUUAUGAAGUUGCAAGGUUACGCUUAAAUCAUGCUACUAAACGUUUGGAAGAAAAUAAACUGUUUGAAGAAUAUGCUAAAUUGUUUCAACUAUGGAAAGACGAAGACUUUAUCGAAGAAAUCAACCCUAUUGUCUGUGACAAGAAAGAAAAGGUUCACUAUGUUUCCCAUCGAGCAGUGAUCAAACUGAGCAGUUCUACUACCCCGGUUAGACCUGUUUUUGAUGCCUCAUGUAAGGUUGGAAAAGGACCUUCAUUGAACGAGUGUCUUAAGAAAGGAAAUAACUUUAUCAAAAUGAUUCCUGAUAUGUUGUUACUGUUUCGAGAAAAGAAAGUGGGAUUUGUUUCUGAUAUUCGCAAAGCUAUCCAGAUGAUUGAAGUGAAUGAACAAGAUAGAGAUUGUAUGAGAUUUCUUUGGUGGAAAGAUAAAUCCAAACAACACGUAGUAGAAUACCGUCACAAACGUGUCAUGUUUGGUACGAAUUGUAGUCCCUUUAUCCUUGGAGCAGUCUUAGAAUUUCAUUUGGUAAAUGUUCAGAAUGAAAACAAAGACAUUGCCCAGAAACUGUAUAAUUCUUUAUACGUGGACAACUGUGUCAGUUCUGAAAAUACCGUGGAGGAGUACAAGAAUUUUCGAACAAAAUCAGUUCAAUUGUUAGCUGAAGCUGGAAUGGACUUGAGACUUUGGAUGUCAAAUGUAGAUGAGAUGGAAGACAAGAAUAGUCAUGUGAUUUCAGUACUAGGAAUGCAGUGGGAUCGAGUUUGUGAUGAAUUGUAUGUUGAUGUGAAACUCCCUACCUUACCUGAAAUUAUCACAAAGAAAGUUAUGCUGUCUAUUGCCCAUCAAGUUUUUGAUCCUAUUGGUAUUGUCUGUCCAGCUGUGCUUCCAGUGAAAGUCUUACUUCAGAAGACAUUCAUUAACAAAUUGAAUUGGAAGGAACCUGUCCCAACCGAAGAGAAAAAUAAAUUUACGGAAUGGUAUGAACAACUACAUUUGUUAAGUCAAGUCAGAAUUCCUAGAUGUGUAACUGGAGGUGAAUUUGAUCGAAGUAAAUGGCCAUUUCACGUUUUUACGGAUGCAAGUGGUUUGGCGUAUGGUGCUGUGAUUUUUCUCCGCGUGGAACAUGUGGGAGGAGUUUCAAUACAACUGAUUUCUGCUAAGUCUCGAGUUGCCCCGAUUAAGAGGAUAACAAUUCCAAGGCUGCUUAAUUGGUACAAGAUUGGCUGUUUCUGUGAAAAAAGGAUUAAAAGCUGA